AAGAGCUAAAAUCUCCUAAUGAUUUGUCAACAAUUAAUUUUUAUUUUUAAAAGGACUUUCAACAAUUAAAUUUAGGGACUAUUUCCUGGUAAUUUAAAAGUAUAUUCCAGAUUUAUUACAGCUCUUUUUUUUUUUUUUUUUCUGUGAAAAGCAGGAAAAAGGAAAGGCAUAUUCCAGGAAAAAUGAAAAGUGAAGAACCGGAGGCUUAUAAGCGUAUGAGCAUCAAUCAGAGAUGGCAGCCAACGCUGACAUGGCAGGAUCAGAGCCACCGUUUUGGAAAACGACCAGCUACAAUGACCUUCACUUUAUUACACAAAACAAACACAAAAUCUUAGACAAACAAUAAACUCUUGAGAUACAAUACAAUCCUCUGCUGGACUGCCCAACGGUUUCCUUUCACUUAAAUCCACAUAAAAACAAACAACUCUUACUCUUUCAUUUCCCAUUUUUAGUUUUUUCUUUUCAUUACCCAAAACCUUUUUUUUUUCUUAAUUGAAUUAAUUAUAUCUCAGACAAUUACUGCAAGGGAAGAUCAUAAAAUAUCCUGGGAAAAGUAGUGGUUUGUAGGGGGAGUUGUUGUCCCUGGAACCAGACGGGAGCUGUAAGAGUUGUGAAUGAUGAGGCGCAGAGGAGUAGAUUUUAGGAGGCCAGUGCGGAGGAGGCUUUCCAAUGUGGUGUGGUGGACAAUGUGCGGGAUUGUGGUGUUGGUCUUCAUCGUGCUUUUGAGCAAGGAUGGUCAGAUUGAAUCAAGACCUUCAAUUUCUAGGAGAAGUUAUCAGCAUGAGAGAAUUAUGGAAGGCCUAAACAUCACUGAUGAAAUGCUAAGCCCCAACUCUGUCACCAGGCAACUUAACAACCAGAUUUCUCUUGCAAAGGCUUUUGUUGUGAUAGCAAAAGAAAGCAACAAUCUCCAAUUUGCUUGGGAAUUAAGUGCCCAGAUCCGUAAUUCACAGGCCCUUCUGUCAAAUGCUGCGACUAGGCAAACUCCUUUGACAGUUGGAGAAUCAGAGACUGCAGUUCAUGAUAUGGCACUUUUGCUCUAUCAAGCCCAGCAACUCCACUAUGACAGUGCAACAAUGAUCAUGAGAUUGAAAGCCAAAAUCCAAGCUCUUGAAGAACAGAUGAGUUCAGUUAGUGAGAAAAGUUCAAAGUAUGGACAAAUAGCUGCUGAGGAAGUCCCCAAAAGUCUAUAUUGUCUCGGUGUUCAGUUGACUACUGAAUGGUUUGAAAACCCAAAUUUACAAAGCAAACUCCAGGAAAGAAAGCAAUUGGGAGCUAAACUUAAAGAUAACAGUAUGUAUCAUUUCUGUGUCUUCUCUGAUAACAUCCUUGCAAGUUCUGUGGUGGUUAACUCAACAGCUUUAAAUUCCAAACAUCCAGAUAAGGUUGUCUUUCAUCUUGUAACUGAUGAAAUAAACUAUGCAGCGAUGAAGGCCUGGUUUGCCACGAACAGUUUUCGGAGAGUGACUGUUGAGGUUCAGAAGUUUGAGGACUUAAAGUGGCUUAAUGCUUCUUAUGUUCCAGUUCUUAAGCAGCUCCAAGAUUCUGAGACUCAAAGUUAUUAUUUUUCUGGCCAUAAUGAUGACAGCCGUACUCCAAUCAAGUUCCGAAAUCCUAAGUACCUUUCAAUGCUUAAUCAUUUGAGGUUUUAUAUUCCUGAAGUUUUUCCAGCACUGAAGAAGGUGGUAUUUCUUGAUGAUGACAUUGUGGUUCAGAAGGAUUUGUCUCGCCUAUUUUCCAUUGAUUUGAAUGGCAAUGUUAAUGGAGCGGUUGAGACAUGCAUGGAGACAUUUCACAGAUACCAUAAGUACCUAAAUUACUCUCACCCUCUUAUAAGAGCACAUUUUGAUCCUGAUGCAUGUGGUUGGGCAUUUGGGAUGAAUGUUUUUGAUUUGGUUGAGUGGAGGAAGAGGAAUGUGACUGGCAUCUACCACUAUUGGCAAGAAAGGAAUGUGGACCGGACAUUGUGGAAACUUGGGACACUGCCACCUGGACUGCUGACCUUCUAUGGAUUGACAGAGGCAUUGGAUCCGUCGUGGCAUGUUCUGGGGCUGGGCUACACAAAUGUUGGUUCCCAGUUGAUAGAGAAAGGAGCUGUACUACACUUCAAUGGAAAUUCAAAGCCGUGGUUGAAAAUAGGGAUAGAGAAAUACAAGCCCCUUUGGGAGAAGUAUGUUGAUUAUUCUCACCCUCUAUUGCAACAGUGUAAUUUUCAUUGAUGAAUUGCCAUGGAAAUCUGGAGUCUUCCACGACGAGUUCACUGCCUUAGAAGCUUCAAAAUUUGAGGUCAAGUAUGCUUGUACAAUUUUAAAGAGGUCAAGCAUGGCAGGUGGUUGUAACAUGGUAUUUAAUUCAUUUCAACUAGCUUGUUGUAGUUUAGAUUGUUCAUUCAUAUCAAUUAUUUAAACGUCCAAAAAGAAACCAAUUUUGAUUAGGUCAAGCUGUAAACUUAUAGCAUCUAAUCUGCAAUCCAAUCGACCUUCUUUCCAAUUUUAUGCCUGCUAAGCAUGGAACCUAUGAUCUGAUCUAAUGGAUCAUAAUAAAUGCUGUUAUUGGUUUAAUCCAAGGGGUGUUUGGACAUCAAUUUAUUUAUUAUGAUGUUAUGAUUACAUUUCCUUUGGAGAAAUGGAUUAUGAUAUUAUUUAUUCACAUUAUUAUUGUUUCAAGAUAGUUGAACAUGCAUCACUUAAUUUGGAGCACGUCUUUCCCACCCUAUCUCACUCACAUACGAAGUUUGCGGUCAUUCGCUGCCUUAAAUUACCAAGUUCCCCCAUCGACCUUCUUCAUUCUUAUGUGAAGUGAAUGACAUUAUCAAAUCCAUCAUAAAAUCACCCCACAUUCUUAACAGCCAACUAUUUAUGACAAUCAAUUGGUUAAAGUUGAAUUCUGCCAUUGUUUUUAUUUCACCGAGUGAAGAAUCGCACUGCAAAACCUAUUUUCUUGAUUAUUAUAAGAAUGGAAAUGAAAGAAGUGCGUCCUGUCAGCAUCCAAGUUGUAAGUAUUAUGCAGA